GUCGUCACGUCAGGGUCCACUCGCUUAACCCGCGCUAGCAGGGGUAGCUUGCUCACGAUCCGCGGCGCCUCACGCCGCAGAGCUCCAGCCAGGCACUCCACCACCAAACAUGAAGUACAGCGGUCUCUACUUCAUCCCGUCGCCCACCGCGCAGCCCGCCGAGUCCGCCGCGACCGCCUCCGCCCUCACCUCCUCGCUCGAAACCCACUUCCACACGCUCGCGCGCGGCGCCCCAUGGACCCUCACCUACCGCCUAUUCCGCGACACGGCGCCGCGCGCCGACCCCGAGAACCCCGUGUCCUAUGCCCACUCGCACACGCACCUGCUCACGCACACCGCGCUGAGCCAGAGCAGGUGCUACGUGCACGUAUCGCCGCCGCCGGGCACGCGCAGCGCAAGCGUGGUCGCGAUUCCGUUCGCGCAGGCGGAUGCGCAGGCGGCGCUGCUGCGGAACCAGAUGGCGGCGCUGUGGAGUGCGCGGCACACGCUGAGUAUCCAGAACGGGGCGACGUAUGCGGGCGGGUUGUUUGCGGUGCAGAUUGGCGAGGUGCGGGUGCUGCGGGAGGCGCAGGGAGGUGGGGUGAGUAGUCCGGGUGUGGUGGUGUGUGUUAGUACGGUUGCGGGGGGAGAGGAGGAUGGUGUGGACGGCCAGGACGUCGAUUUGGAGUUUGCGCAGGCGACGAUUCGGGAGUUCUGGGGGAAGGUCAGGGAAGGGCGGGAUCUGGGGAGGGCGGAGGUGAGGGAGGUGUUUAUGGCGCCUGAGCAAGGACGUGAGGACAAGGACGCCAUGGUAAGGAUGUGGUGCGAGGUAUUGAGGUUGAGGGGCUAGCGCGGGACGUACCGAGCACACGAAGGACAUCUCAGCGACCGCAAGUGUCUGCUGGUAGAGGCGACCUCCAAGCAUGGUUUUGCGCCUGUCUACACAAGACUUGGUCUGCUUGUCUACGCAAGGCCUGGCCAUGGACCACUCUCGAACAGUCCAAGCGCAAGAGCCAUAAGAUCGAGUCGUCACGAGAUAAUACAAAGCGUGAAAGAGUGACAGGUUAUCAUUCGCAAGCUAGGGCUUAAACGCUUCUCGUAGCUGCCCGGCAAGCCCAUUAGUAUACCAUCCCAACAUGAGGAUCCGUACAGGUAUCUAAACUACA